CAACUGUGGUGUGCUUGUACAUAUAGUAUUACAGUAAUCUAAGUAAUCAAAGUAAUCAUUAGACUGUCAAAAAAAACAGAUUGGAGACACACCUAAACCUCCGAGAGUACGCCGUGCCACUGGAAAAUUCAAGUUUUACUGGUUUGUGUGUUACGUUUGUGUUUUUGCAUCCAUUUGUAUACAUGGAGAUGGUUUGCCACAUGAAUGUGUGUUUGCGUAAAAUUUGAAAGCCAAAGAAUGACUGAAAGGGGGGGUAAAGAACAUGACAGGAGAAAAAUACAAAGAGAGCAUGCUUUGUGUCGCAGAGGCUAAAGAAGUUUAGAUAUGGAGGACGGUGUGGGAGGAGGGACAGAAAUGAGAAAAGCGCACAGGUAGAGAGAGAGACAGAAAGCAAGGGAAAGAGGAGGGUUAAAGUGUCAGGUUACCUGGACUUUAGUUUUGUUUUGUCAGUGGGAAUCGAUCGUUUAAAAGAAGCUCUCCGUGUUGAUUUGAAAGGCUACGUAUUAUCAAGCUUCAUUGCGGCCUUGGGAUUUUGAAGAGGGGCAUCUGAUUAAGUUACUGUAAUACAGAAAGAAAACAGGAAGGAAGAAGGAAGACAGUGGGAGACUCAACUGAGCCAGGUUUUGUAGCAUGACGGUAAGAGGAAGGGGACAAAGAUAGCCAAGGGACAGCAAAAUUUCUGAGGAAUCCCACCUCCUGAAAGGGAGGGCAGUGUUUACUCUGUACUCUGUGACAAGCUACAUCAAGCCUUACCAAAAGAGACACCUUCACCAUGUGGGUAAGUGCAACUGGAAGUACAAUCAACAUUAUUUACAUCGUGUAGGUAUACAGUCAAUGGCUUGCCUUUAAGAAGUGAUUUGAAUAAUGACCUCUGGAUAUUACGUGGUAAUAAACUUGAUAGUUAACGUAAUAUAAAGACACUGGAUAGACCUUUUGCAUUGAUAUUAUUUACAACAGCAGCUAUGUUGAAAGGAUAGCUCAUACAAAACCAGAACAGAUGUUGUGUAGUGACAUAUUUUGAGGACCUUAUCAACGGUCUGUGACAAGUAGCAGUAACACGCAGGAACAUUUCACAUUCAUAAUUUUGCCAAUAGAAUUUUUGAUAUUUGAAUGUAGAGCACGGCCGUAUGAAGAAUACAAUACUUUUCAUAAUAACACAGCACGGAAAAGACAGCCACUAAUGUUGGACCCACAAAACUGAGUAACACUUAACGCAAACAUGGGUAUACAAGAAGUGUGUACGUUUACUCAUUUCAGGGUUCAUAAAGAGUAAUUCCAGUCAAGUCUUUUUUUAUAGAGAGAGAGAGAUCUAGGUAUUUGUUAUAUUAAAAUUAGUAGCUUCACACUCAUCUCAAGCAACAAGCGAUGCUCCACAAUGGCUCUACAGGAAAGAUCAACAUGCACUGGCUAUUGCAUAGAAAACUACAUAUUAUAUCAGCCUUAUUAACAUCAAUAAACAAUUAAUGGUCUUAUGUUAAAAAGGAAAAAUGACAAAGUAUCACACACGUUCCCAGAGGAUGACUCUUGUGUGUGUGUAUGACUGUUACUACAACAAAGCAGUAAAGGAAACAUACUUGAGCUUACCGUAUCAACGGCUUUUUUCUGUUAAACUUGACCCAAUUAUACUUUUUCCCUUCAAGGCUUUUUGGCAGCAGUCCACUGUAUGAAUCAGCUAGGCUUAUUAAAACUGGAAGCUUACUGUAGGUGGCAAUACAGAAGGAAUCUCACCUUAUUGCGAUCGCAAGUUAUACCCUAAGAAGGAGUAUCCUUAACUCCAAACACAAAGCUGUUGGUUUUUGUUCUGGUUUUUUUUUGUUUGUUUGUUUGUUUGUUUGUUUUAAAUUCAUGUAUAAAGGACAUUUAUAUUUACAUACAGUAUUUUGGUUAACAGCCAAAUAAAACCAAGGACUUCUAUUCAUAUCAAGUCAUUGUUAUCAAUGACUUGAUAUAGGCUGUCAUUGAUAGAGCCUUGGUUUUAUAGGCUGUCAUUUUUUUUCCCACUUGUACUUCACCACUGGCCUUUUGACGAGCAAACAUUACUAACAGUGUUUUUGAUCCAGUGCAGCACUUCCAGUGUUUUUCAUAAACAGGUUAGUUGUUGCUCUGAAUAACACAUGACUAACUAGUACUACAAGGCUGUUUUGAAAUACUGCCCUGACUCAUAAAAUCGUUUAUAUUUGUCUUGGUACCAAUGACAACAUCUAAGUUUCCAAGUACACUGUCGUCAUAUCUCAUGGCAUGACAAUGCAUUUUUACAGGAAGGUCCACUCAAGACAAAUUUCUUUAGCCGGCUUCUUGGUUUCCCAUGUUGUAAGGCCUGCCCACUGUUUUGUUUAUCCUGCUUUUAUUACUUCCCGAAAUAACUGUAAUUUAUACCACAAGACGAUAACCUACUUUCUCCUACUGUUUACUUCCCCCCAUAAACGUUACUUCCAGUUGGUUUCAGGGAUGGGUGUGUCUGGUUCUUUUGUGACUAUGUAUUGACUAACAGUGGUUAAAAAUAAAAUAGUUAAUUAAAAUGGUGAAUGUUUUAUUUUAAAUGAAUAAGCCAGCCAGAUGAAACAUGGUGAAACACACAUGAAAUCUCAGAAUCACCUUAUAUUGCUUUUUUUGUUUCUUUAUUUUUUAAGUAUAUGGAUGUAGACUAACUACAGCUUAACAGCAUAUUUACUGUAGGAGUGUAAAAUUCUCAUGUUAUUUGCAAAGUGCCACUGGAUACUGGAUUUCUAUGUAAAGUGAAAUCUGAGAAUUCUGAAAUGUCAGUAAAUGAAACAAAGAGGAAGGUGUCACAUUCUUUUAUACACUGUAUUCAACUCUUGUACUUUAAGAUGAAAGCUGAAUGCUGAACAUAAGCACAUGAGCAAAACCAGCACAGAGCUACUGAGCUACUGUUCAGAAAAAAAAGAAAGAAAGAAAAACCUGCCCAACAGCAUUCUUCGCCCCUCUCUCUCCGCAACUUGUAUAUUUCCACUGACAGACAGUGGCAGUUAUGGGAUCUGUUUUCAAAAUUUGCCUUCAUACUUCUCUGUAGCUCUACCAAAUUAAGUGAUACUAGUGACACAUAAAUGUGCAAAUAGAAGGGUGGAUUACCUGAUACUUCUGCAUCAAAAAUAAGCAGUAGUGAAAAUGAAAGAAAAUAACUCUUCCCAUUUUUAAUCUUUGUCUUUUGUUUUUUGUUUUGGUUCUGGAAAGUCCUCACUGGUUAGUGACCUGCAUGUUGUGUUUUUGUACCAGCCGAUCUGAAGCAUACGUGCUACGCUAAAUGUAUUUGUAAUCUAGCGGUUGAAGAGCUUUGAGGACAAGACAAAGGUAGAACAGCAGGCUGAUGAAAAGUGUUCUUCGAGCUACCCCUCUGUAACAAAAUAUACCGUAUACUAAAAUCUUCUAAUAGGCCCGUCAGCAGCCACAUUGAUGUGACACUUGAUCUACAGUAUAAUGCUACAGGUGAAACCACAUGACUAGCAUAAUGUGUGCCAAAUGUUGGAAAUGCAGUGAGACUAACAGUCAUAAUUGAGCAUAGCACAACACAGAUAACCUUUGUUUGUGAAAGGCAUAAAAGUGGUUGAGAUUCAAAAUGUUGACAUAUGUUGUUGAGAUGCUGGGGAUAAGCAAGUAAAGGUUUGCAUUUUUCGAGGGGGAACAACAUUACAGUAGCAUUUUAGGAAGUUUAAGAGGGAAGUAGUUAUGUAGUUAUUAUUUCACACAGCACAGUACAGAAAGAGAUUUCACCAGUUUUGUUCAGUAAAAUGUUUAUUUAAUUCCUAUUAAAGACUAUAGAAUUUUACAUUCAUAUUAAGAACACAACUUGCAAUUUUAAUUGCAAAGGUGACUGGACUUGAGGAACAGUAAUGGCAGUCAAGCAUGACAAUCACUCUAACAGAUACUCCGAGCCGAAGCCAUGGGAAUUUUUCUGUGUUGUACACUUUUUAUUUUGCUCGCUGCUGUGUGAAAUUCAUGAACGCUCUACAUGCUUGACUGAGCAGUUUACACCAGUAUGACAGAAACACCAUACUUUUUAAAUAGAUUUUUUUCCCAGUCCCUUUAUUGCACAAGAAAUAAAGAAGCUAACAAGUUUAUCAAGUGUUUUUUGAACCUAAACAAAGCUAAGAUAUUUUACCAGUAUAUACAGUGGUGUGAAAAAGUGUUUGCCCCCUUCUAGGUUAAAUUUUGUUUUUGCUCUUUUUCUUUUUUUUUUUUUGCAUAUUUGUCGCAUUUAUACAUUUCAUAUCAUCAAACAACUUUGAAGAUUAGACAAAGGAAACCUGACUAAAUACAAAAUUUAUGUUUUAAAUGAUGAUGUCUUUGAUUAAGGGAGAAAUGUUAUCAAAACCUACCUGGUCCUAAUUUUCUCUCUUCUUAAAUGAUGAAUUAACUACAUUUCAUGAAAAUCUGAGUUCAGUUCCAAUAAGCACACCCAAGCCUGAUUACUGGCAGACCUGUUGAAUCAAGAACUUGCUUAAAAAGAACCUUUCCAAAAAAGUAAAGCAGGCUAUCAUGCCACAAUCUAAGUUACUGUCAUACUACAGUUGUAGCCACAGUUGCCCUGAGGCAGACUGACAGAAGCGAGCUGCCAUAUCGCGCCAUCGGCCCCUCUGGCCAACACCAGUAGGCUAAAGUGUCUUGCCCAAGGACACAACGACCAGGACAGAGAUCCUGGGGAUCGAACCGCCGACUUCCCGGUUACAGAUGCGCUUCCCAAUCCCCUGAGCCACAGUCACUGUGAACCACAGUGUGAGCCAUUAUACACAAACUGAGAAAACUUGGAACAGUAGCGAAGCUUCUCAGUAGUGAACGGCCAACCAAAAUUGCAAAAAAAGCAUAUAUGACUCAUCCAGGAGGUCACAAAAGACCACCAGUACAACUUUAAGAACCACAGGAACAUAAAUGUUUCUGGCCUAUCAAGACAUGGAGGAGAAUGUGCAGCCAUUUGUUUAUGUUGAACCCAAGUGUGCUCUGCAGCAGGACAAUGAUCCAAAACACACCAGCAAGUACACCUCUGAAUGGUUUAAUAAAAACAACAUGAAGACUUUGGAGUGGCCUAGUCCCGCUGUGGUAUGACCUUAAAAAGGUGGUUCAUGCUCAAAAACUCUCCAAUGUGGCUGAAUUAUAACAAUUCUGCAAAGAUGAGAGGGCCCAAAUUCCUACACAUCUCUGUAAAACACUCAUUGCCUGCUAUCAUAAAUGCUUGAUUGCAGUUUUUUUCUGCUAAGGGUGGCCCGACCAGUUCUGAGGUUUAAGUCCAGUCAUCUUUUUACACAGGACCAUGAAGGUAAUUUUUUCCCCCUAAGUAAUAAACACUUUCAUUUAGAAACUGCAUUUUGUGUUUACUUGUGUUAUUUUUGCCUAAUAUUUAAAUUUGUUUGAUGAUCUGAAACAUUUAAGUUUCAAAAACAGGAACUCAGGAAAAGACAAACACUCCUGUUACUCUCAGAUUAUGAACUAUAGCCCUGAUAAAACCCGUAAAUGCCAAACAACAUAUCACAGUUCUCCUCUUUUUCUUCUUUUUUGACUGUUCAUAUACCUCCAUGUCAUCCUGAUGCAAUCCUCUUCCUCUGCAAUGUUGGCAAAUCAUUCUUCACUACUUUAUUCCACUGUGGUAUUCAUUUUCCUCUUGUUGAUUUAAUAGUUAGUAAAUUAUUACAUGAAUCUGAAAUCUGUAGGUGAAUCUGUAGAUUCUUCAGAUAAUUUGUUACCUGAGUUUCUUCACAGAUUAGUUGUUCUUGUUGUUUUCUAAAAGUAGCAUGUCUUGUCAACAACAGCUAAUGAGGGCCAGUGAGGCAGGAAAGGGACUGGUUAGAUGUAAUGAAUAUGCACAUAAUAGCUUAAUGGUAUGAAUGUGAGAGACACCUCAGAGCUGAAGAAAUGACUGAGUGAAUGAGAGAAUAAAAUAAGCUACUCUGACUUAUAAUUGAACAAGAGACACGUAUCUUGGUAGUGACUGACUUUCUGGUGUAGUACAGGCAACGAAUGAGUGAAAGAAGAAAAAUGUGUAUAUUAACUCGCCUGCAAGUUGAGUAAUAGCUUUGGAGCAUCUAUUUUUAACCACAAAGCUCUGUAAAACUCUUCAAGCUCAGCACCAAAUACCUUUUUAAUGUCUUUGUAAUGUGAAUGUAACCAUUCGCUGGCUAAACCCCAAAUCUCUCCCAUGACACAUUUGAUAAUUAGCACAUGUAGCACUCACUCUACCUUUUGGAGGUACACUGAUUGUCAGUGUUGCCUGAUUGUUUCCUGUUUGUAUGAUGUAAAAUAAGAAGCCAACUUCUAACUACCCCAUAGAGCUCAUUUGGAACCAGCCUCAUUAGUUAUCAUUACUGACCAUCAGAAUCAGCUUGAUAUAGCAAAUAUGCGUACAUAUACAAGAAAUUGAUCUCUGGUUAUUUCUUUGCUCUCCAUGUACACAACAGACAAUACUGACAACAUGGCAUCAACAUGACAUAGACAACACAUAAAAACAUGUCGCAUAUUUAUGGUGCAAUGGUGCAGAGUGGAUAAGGAAUGGAUAACCGGUUACUAUAUAUACAGUAACUAUGCCAAUAAUAUUACCAAAAGUCAUCUUUGAACAACUGUUAUGUAUGAGCUAAAGUAACAUCUUGCUAUGCCGCGGCUAAUGUAAGCUAGCCAGCCACUUUGUGUGUUGUUAAGCAAAAAGGUAAGCAGGAAAAAAGGAUUAUUCAAACAACUUAUGUCAGAGUCAAAGACCAUCUGCUCCUAUUACCCCUUUGGUGUUACCGAUCUCCACUAAAGAGACCAAAGUAAAAUGAGCUUACUGAAAAAAUAUUCUAACUGCAGUCUGUGUAAGGUAAACAUUUUUAAAAAGACACUGCAGGGCUUUUUUCAAGCACAAUUCAACCUUAUGAAAAAUCACAAAAUCAAGGUGUCAUCAGUCAUCAGUAAGUGUACUGAUUUGAAAUCAUGGAUCUGCUGCUGUCUUAAGUCUUCUGUAGUUAGGUCAUUUAGACACAUUUCCUAAUCUGAAAGCCAAAGUAUGAAAAUGAAACAUAGGCAUUACUCGUGACUGAAAUUUCGUGACUGAAAUGGACUGCAUGCACUUACACAAGCUGUUUGACUUGCAUAAUAUGGGCCUUUAACCUGAUUCAUUUUAUGUGAAGGACACUCACCCUGAUCUAUUAGUUUAUACUGUUUCCACAGUAUCAGCUUCAGUUAAACAAAAAUUUCACUGGGCCCAAGUACAGCCUGUCACAAUACUCCUCAGUACACAGGACACUUUGUACUGUUGGUGUAUUUUGUGCUUGGGCAAUUAUUCCAAAAAGACACAUUAAAAUGUGAACAUCACAUUCUCUGCCAUGUUUCCAUAACUUGUCUUUUUCUGUGAUCCUCCACUAGACAGAUUGUAUUUUAUGCACUGAUCUACAAAUGCAGACCCAUAAAAGACAGAUCCACCGGUUUACUGUUAAUACUUAGAGAAUUGAAGAAAUGGUAAAACCAUGAGUAUGCAGGGAGGAGAUGUUGGUUACUGGCAGAAGGGCUAAGCGAGCUGAAAUGGCAGCACUUGAAAAAGCUGUGAAAACAGGUGGGGCAGGCCUACUGUGGUUGGCUGAGUGAGGGCUGAAAGAGGAAAUGGGUUAGGGGUUGAUUGGCUUUAGCACUGUUGAUUAAUUGAAACAUACUGACAACAUGGCAGAUCGUGCUGAAUUACAGGAAUGAUGUUAAUCAAAAAAAAAACAACCCUAGCUAAAGCAACAAAAGGUAAUCAAAGCUAAUUAGUCCGGUGGCCUAACGACCACUGAUACCAUCAUGUUAGUAGACUGAACAAUGUAACAGAGAGGAGAUGAAGGCCCACCUUUUAUUCACAGCUGUCUAGAUGUGCAGAUGAAGGGCAGGUGUGAUCAGUCACAAGUAGACUAGGAAAUUGGGUCUAGUGUUUCACACACAAACAUCCCAACUCAGACGAAGACAAGACACAAUGGAGAAGAGCAAAGCACUACAGCUGCUCAGCUCCCUGAGGAAACCUCAAGGCCAUUAAAUCCUACAAACCCAGUUCCUCGGCCAGGACGCCACAGAAGGCCCAUGACGGCUCCAAACACCCCGAAAGAGAAGAGAGCGAAGAUCAAGAAAGUGUUGAUCACUACACUGACAGUUAUGUUGAUACUGGGCAUACUGGCCAUUGCAGCAUACUUCAUUAAAAACUUGAUUGAAAGCAAAUACUUUUUUUGCACACGGUCUGUGAAAUUCAUCCCGUUAGACAAAACCUGCGAUGGGCACAUUGACUGUGCAGGAGCAGAAGAUGAAAUUACCUGCAUGACGACCUUUAAAGUAAACACUACAUUUCCAGUGCGACUCCAGUCGAAUGAUCAGGUCUUGCAAGUUUACGGUCCAGGCUCAGGUUGGCGGACUGUUUGUUCUGACGACUGGACCCAAGCGCACACACAGACGGCAUGUACACAACUGGGAUACACAAUGAAGCCUACUAGCAAAAACAUCUUAGUAAGCUCCUUAACGUCACCGAUGAAAACUGGACCAUUUACAGCUGUCAGGCCAGGGACCUCAAACACACCUAUACAACAAGCCACUGCUGACCGUAGUGUAUGCCAGUCUGGAUCUGUGGUAUCUUUAUCCUGUUCAGACUGUGGAAAUGUGGGCGCUGAUGAUCGCAUCGUUGGGGGCACUGAUACAUCCAUUGACCACUGGCCAUGGCAGGUCAGCCUGCAGCGGUCUGGCCAACAUACAUGUGGAGGCUCACUGGUGUCACCGCGCUGGGUAGUCACUGCUGCCCACUGCUUCACUGGAAGUAAUAAGGAGUUGAGGCAAUGGGCAGUGGUGUCAGGCCAGACGAGCAUAAUCACACUGGGAGGCUCCUCUGUGGACAGAGUUAUAGUGAAUGCAGACUACAAUGCAGAAACAAAUGACUAUGACAUAGCACUGAUGAGACUCACUAGGCCAAUCACAGUGUCAGAUGUCAGAAGACCAGUUUGUCUGCCUCCUAAAGACUAUAGCAUUACAGCUGAAACCUACAUGACAGUGACAGGGUGGGGAUACCGACGGGAAAAUGGUGCAGUUGCUGACAUACUGCAGGAGGCCAAAAUCCCUCUGAUAGCUCAGUCAGUAUGUUCCAGCCCCACAGUCUAUGGUAGUAUCAUAACAAAUAGGAUGCUCUGUGCAGGCUUCCCAGAAGGGAAGGUUGAUGCCUGCCAGGGGGACAGUGGAGGCCCUUUGGUGCAUAUCAGUGACUCCAGUUGGAAUCUGGUAGGCGUAGUGAGCUGGGGUGUUGGCUGUGCCCGGAAGGGAAAGCCAGGUGUUUACACCAACGUAGAAGUGAUGCUCAACUGGAUCCAAACAGUCAUUGAGAAAAACCCAUGAUGUCAUCCACUGCGAUAAACAACCACCAUGAGAAUCCAGUGCGGUCUACCUCUGAUAGACUGUGAAACUGUCAAACCUGGUUUUGUUUUGGUUUUUUGAGGGGUUUUUUCCAUUUUGGUUGCCAAAAGGUGAGAGAAGGUUGCAGAGAGAGGGGAAGUUGAAGAUCUCAACAGCAAAAUGGAAACAGAAACACAGCCAUAUGCAUAAACAAAGUGCGCGCGCAUGCACACGCACACACUUCAUCAAACACACACGUCAGGUGCUGCUUGUGCCAUUUCAUAUUCGUUAUCUCAGGGGACAAUUGUAUUUAUGCCUGUAGCUGUGUGAACUAGUAUGUUUGGGAUCUUUAUAGCAGAGUGUCAUACAUGUUUUUUUUUGUUUUUAAAGCAUUUUUGUGUUCGUAUGUGUCUUUGUCACACCCAAGUAAUUGACUUGUGUUGUUGUUUUGUUUUCCUUAGAGAAGAACCAUCAAAGUUUAUUUUAUUUAUAUUGACACUAAUUGAUGCAAACGCUUUUUUUUUUUUUUUUUUGUGUGUGUCUUUUAUUUUUGGAGUUUGUCCUGCAAGCCUCAGAUAUAAUGUACUUGAUUACUGUGUGCCUUGACUUUUGGUUAUGAAUGUGUGGUUAGGGUUAAUAUGUCCAACUGCUACAGAGAAAGGUAACAUACCUUAUUAUCAGGUAUCGGUAAUAUUUUAAAAGUGACAAAAGGUCUGAGUUUAAUGCAUUUAUUGUGCUAUUUUAGAUGAUCACUCUAUUAAAGGGCAAUGGCACUUUCUUUUUCUUUUUUUUCUUUCUCUUUUUUUUGCAGGACUGCAGGUGUGAUACUUCUGACCUCAACAUGAUUUAGCACUUUAAGUGGAAAGUGAGAAUUAAAGGACCUCACUUUAUGCGCAGAGGAUUUAGGUCACGAGUCUACACAUAGAUUUAAUACAAAUAUUCAUAGAUCACACUCCAUGUUGGUUCCAUCAUGAGUAAGCAACUCAUACUCUCACUAUAGCCAGAAUAUUUCAACUAGUGUUCACCAAGUUAUUUCCUUCACUGCAAGGGAAUUUCUCCCAAAAAUACUGCAGAAUUUGUUUUUGUCAAAUUUAUUGCAGUUGGUUAAUUUUUGCACUCAACCAAAACUCAUUCAAACAGGAAAUCAACCUGAAUUUGUUAUAAAACUGUUUCUUUACUUUAAAAAAAAGUACUUUAUUAUAUCAUAUAUUAAAUAGAGUUGGACAUGAGUAUGAGUGCCAUGGGGACUAAUAUUUGUGAAUAUUUUCCAUUUUGUUGUUCUUGUUGUUGAUGUUGUUGUUGUUUAAUAUAUGAGACGUUUGCAAAGACAAUAAAAACAAUGUUAACUUGGCAA